AUGCUUUGUUUGCUUAGCUUCCAUACCACACUCACUAUCCCCGUGGGCUUGAAUUUUCUCGGGAAUAGCUGUCUAGUCGCUACCUACGAUCCUAACAGUACUACCGGCAGCAUUUACGGAACCAAUCUGAAUUUGACGCUUGACAUUCUAUAUUCGAAUGCAUCUCGAACAGACAUAAAUGGUUUCUAUAAUUUCAGUGCUGGCAACGACCCUUCAAACACUGUCUAUGGCCUCUUUCUCUGCCGAGGAGAUGUCAACACUGAUGUUUGCCAAGUAUGCGUACGAAAUGCCAGCAUACAAGCACUUCAGGUGUGCCCGUAUCAAAAGGUUGCUAUUGUUUGGUAUGAACAGUGCUUCUUACGCUUUUCCGACCAGACAAUUUUCUCCAAGGCUGCUUUCACACCUGGUUAUUCUUUGUACAAUCCACAGAAUAUCACCGGAUCAGUAUCAUACCAGUUCGGAAUGGACUUGGGAAAUUUGUUGAAUCAAGCUGCAAAUCAGGCUGCAGAUGACACCUGGGGCAAAAAGUUUGCUGUUCAAGAAGGCAAUAUUUCUUUACAGAGUGCGGAUCAAGCUGCGGAUAAAGCUCGGAAUUUGUAUACUCUUGCAGAGUGCACACCAGAUCUAUCCGCUUAUGACUGCAAAAGUUGCCUCAGAAAAGCUAUAGAGGAACUUCCCUCAUAUGGAUUCUUUGGUGGUAUUCCAAUAGGAGGAAGAUUACUCUUUCCAAGCUGUAGCGUUAGGUAUGAGCUCAACCGCUUCUACAAUACUGUAUCCUCUGCACCACCGCCUAUGCCAAACCUGUACGUUCCUGUUGGUCCUCCUAAUUCUGCGCCAGCGCCUAAUUCCAGUAAAGCUUUUCCGAUUGCUGUCCCAGUAGUCGUGGUUUCAAUCGUGCUAUUUAUCAUGGCUUUGGUUUUCCUGAAAAGAAGAUCGAGGAAGAGAUAUGUUUCUAUGCCGCUGGAAGCAACUGAUGGAGUUGCUGAAAUCUCAACAGCCGAAUCCUUACAGUACAGCUUAUCUGCAAUUCAAACUGCCACAAAUAAUUUCUCUGUGGCUAACGAAAUUGGCGAAGGUGGAUUUGGUCGUGUAUACAAGGGUGUACUUGCUAAUGGACAAGAGGUAGCAGUAAAGAGGCUGUCAAGAAGCUCAGGGCAAGGUGCAGAAGAAUUUAAAAAUGAAAUUGUAGUAGUCGCAAAGCUUCAACACAGAAAUCUAGUUCGACUAUUGGGAUUUUGCUUGGAAGGAGAAGAAAAGAUACUCAUAUAUGAAUUUGUUCCCAAUAGAAGCCUUGACUACUUCCUCUUUGAUUCAGAAAAGAAACGACCACUGAACUGGUCAAAACGUUACAAGAUCAUUGGAGGUAUAGCAAGAGGACUCCUCUAUCUGCACGAGGAUUCUCGUCUUAGAAUUGUUCAUCGCGAUCUCAAAGCAAGCAAUAUAUUGUUGGAUGGAAAUAUGAGUCCAAAGAUAGCAGAUUUUGGCAUGGCAAAGAUUUGUGGAGUUGAUCAAUCUGUAGGAAACACAAAUAGAAUUGCUGGGACAUUUGGUUACAUGGCUCCCGAAUACACAAGGUGUGGCCAGUUCUCCGUAAAGUCAGAUGUAUUCAGUUUUGGGGUUGUAAUUUUGGAAAUUAUCACAGGCAAGAAGAACAGUAGCUUCUACGUGUCUGAAGAUUCUGAAGGCCUUCUAAGCUAUGCUUGGAAGCAUUGGAGAAGCGGCGAUCCUUUAGCUCUUUUGGACUCAAGUAUUGGAGAUUCUUAUAUCAAAAAUGAAGUCAUUCAAUGUGUCCAAGUAGGUUUAGUAUGUGUUGAAGAAGAAGUCAGCAAAAGACCUACAAUGGCAUCCGUGGUCCAAAUGCUCAAUAAUAGUUCUGUUACCUUACCUACUCCACAUUGUCCGGCAGUUUUCCGGCGCCAUGGAUCGGAGGGCAGGGUGGAGGAGCUGGAAGUUGAUCAAUCUAAUUAUACCAAAAGAAUUUCAGCUCCAAGCUAUGUAAAUGAGGCAUCAAUUACUGAACCAUAUCCCAGAUGA